CAUGAUUCUAUUUACCAUAACAAUUCACAUACUGAGAAAGAAAUUUUCAACACUCAACAAAGAUGUUUCAACCAUCAAGAAUACAAAAAUGCUUCUUUUUAAGGCCACUGCUCAGUUCCUUGUUUUGGGGUGCACCUGGAUAUUUGGCGUCUUCCACUUUCGAAAAGAGACUCUUGUGAUGGCAUACCUUUUUACAAUACUGAAUAGUUUCCAUGGAGUAUUUAUGUUUCUGCUCUACUGUGCUGCCAAUAAGUUGGUCAUUGAUGAGUACAAGAUUUGGUUUCGAAGACUCUUCAGAAUCAAGAAAAAAGAAAGGGAAUUAAAUACUACGACUACCAUGACCACUAGCAUUAUGACACCAGCAGCCGCACCAUCAUCACCAUCCACUGAAGAUAACCGUACAAUGGAAUGGAUAAAGAUGAAACAAAAAACAGAAGACAUGGACAACUCUAAAAAUCUUUGAAAUAUAAACAUAAGCAUUUGUCUGACUGUUUAUACAGAGUUACAGUUAAAUAAUAUUUAUAUGGCUUAUGCAUAAUUGUAGUAUUACCUGUUUGGUACUGAAAGUUCUAGUAAGUAUGACAAGUGCUUUAAUCUCAGUAAAAUGCAUCCAUCUAGUUAUCUGCAUUGCUUUACUGAUUAAAAUUAAAAACAAAAUAUGAACUUCUGCAUUGCAGGAAUAGUCAGUAUAUUUUCCUUUAGCACUGCUUUGUGUGGACACUAACAUAAUUCAGUUUCAGCAUCAACCAGACGUUUCUUGUCAGGACGAUAAUUUAUAUACUCAAUAAUUCAAUUUAAACUAAUUUUAUGUUUUAUAUUUCUGUGGAAUUAUUAUUUCACUUUUACAGAGUUAAAAUUUAAAAUUGUAUUCUUGUUCACAUAUAGUUUAAUGGGUGAAUUCAGUAUACUUCUCUCAGUAUUUCCAGUAAUUACUGACACAUAUACAAACUGGAAAAUAUUUAGUCUCCUCAAAAGUCUGAGACUUGAAAAUCCUGCAGUGCUGAAAAAAAUGCAAUUGUUAAACAAAUGCAGUGGACUGUUUUAAUGCAGUGCAAUACUGCUGAACUGCUUGAAUAUGACUGAAAUGUCACCAUAGCUCUCAGUCAAUCAGGGACACAUAGCAACAGGCUUAUGGGCAACAUUAAAAAGUAGCAGAUACAGUCAUGGACAAUUUUAAAAUAAUGCCACCAUUAUUCUGUGACACUGACAUAAAAUAUGUGAUUGUACGUUAUUAUACAUAUUCUGUAGGAACAUGCCUGUACAACUGUAAUGAUUUGUCAUUAACGUAUAAAGGGAUUUCAGCACACCUUCCUCAAAAAUGACCAUACAUAAUAUAACAGAGAUGGUCAUUAUUUGGUUACAAUUUUAGAGAACAAGUUUGUGCAAUCUUUACAAAAUAUUGAUAGAAUCAUAAUGGUAUCUUUAGCAGGAGAAACAGGAUGGCAUGUACAGACGAUGAGAAGUAGGAGUGGGUUAUGUGUUUAUUGUAGUUGUGCUUUAGAGGUCUGGAGGUGUGUUCUAGCAGCAGGUAGCAAUUUUUUAGUUUAUAGUAGAUGUUCCUUCAGGAGUUAUUAGAAUUAAAAAAAUACUUCUGCCAUGUAGAGGGGGAUGCAAGGUAAUAUUAUCCUGGCCCAUUGCAUGUGCAGAGCCAGGUGUUUGUAAAGUAAGUUUUGAGUUUUUUUUUUUUUAAUUUGGAGGUGUUUUCUACUUAUCUGAUAUAGUCAGGUAGUGCAUUCCACAUUUUUGCUACAUGACUGGAGUAAAGUGAACCCUCAGGAGUGUUUUUGCUUUUGGUAAUUGUAAGUAGGAUUUUAUUGGUACAACAGAGUGAAUUAUUGAUAUAAGGUGCUAUUAUGUUUUGAAUGACUGGUGUCUUAUGAGGAUGGUGAAGUACUUUGUGAGUCAGUGUCAGUUGAUUAUAAACAAGUGUGUGAAGAAGCUCUAACCAGGAGAGUUUUUUUAGUGAGAGACAAUGUUGAGUCCUAUAUUUAGAGUCAGUUGUUCAUAGGUUUAUAGGUGUGUACUAGGCUAAUGGCCCUGGAGCCUUUACAAGCCUAGCCCAUAGGAUUACCC